CGGGGCCGUGAGCGCGGAGCGCGGCGGGGACAUGGCGGGGCCGGCCUGACCCGGCCCGACCCGACCCGCGCUCGCCGCCGCGAUGUUGCCGAGCCAGGCCGGGGCCGGGAACGGCGCCGCCGCCGCGCUGGCCCGCGGCUCGGGGCUGGGCCGGUCGCCGGUGCCGCGUGGGGCGAACGGCGGCGGGGCGGCGGCGGGGGCGCCCGGGGGCUGCCUGAAGCGGGAGGCGCUGUACAGCGGCAGCGAGGGCGACUCGGAGUCGGCCGAGGAGGAGGAGCUGGGCGGCGAGCGGCGCGGCGUGAAGCGUGGCCUGGCCGAGGCGGCGGCGGCGGCAGCGGCGGCGGGGCCCGCGGCGGGAGCGGCGGCGGCGGCCGCCUACAGCGGCGGCGGGGGCGGCGGGGCCGUGAGCGGAGCCAAGCCCGGGAAGAAGACGCGGGGCCGGGUGAAGAUCAAGAUGGAGUUCAUCGACAACAAGCUGCGGCGCUACACCACCUUCAGCAAGAGGAAGACCGGCAUCAUGAAGAAGGCCUAUGAGCUCUCCACGCUGACUGGCACUCAAGUCCUGCUGCUGGUGGCCAGUGAGACGGGCCAUGUGUACACGUUUGCCACACGGAAGCUGCAGCCCAUGAUCACCAGCGAGACGGGGAAGGCGUUGAUCCAGACAUGCCUCAAUUCCCCAGACUCGCCGCCACGCUCGGACCCCACCACUGACCAGCGCAUGAGUGCCACUGGCUUUGAGGAGACAGACCUCACCUACCAGGUGUCUGAGUCAGACAGCAGCGGGGAGACCAAGGACGCCCUGAAACCUGCGUUCACUGUCACCAACCUGCCGGGAACAACGUCCAUCCAGACAGCCCCGACCACCUCGACCUCCAUGCAGGUCAGCAGUGGCCCGUCAUUCCCCAUCACUAAUUACCUGGCGCCAGUGUCUGCCAGCAUCAGCCCCAAUGCCGUCACCAGUGCCAACGGGACAGUGCUGAAGACUACUGGAGCCAGUGCAGUGACGUCUGGGGGCCUCAUGCCGAUACCCACUGGCUUCACCCUCAUGUCAGGUGGUACCAUGGCUCAGCAGGUUCCAGUCCAGGCAAUCCAGGUGCACCAGGCACCGCAGCAAACGUCUCCCUCUAGUGACAGCAGCACUGACCUUACCCAGACCUCUUCCAGCGGAACAGUGACCCUCCCAGCGACCAUCAUGACGUCGUCUGUGCCAACCACCGUGGGCGGCCACAUGAUGUACCCCAGCCCGCACGCGGUGAUGUACGCGCCCACCUCCGGCCUGGCCGACGGCGGGCUCGCGGUGCUCAACGCUUUCCCGCAGGCGCCCUCAGCGAUGCAGGUGUCCCACGGCCAGGUCCAGGAUCAGGGUGGCGUCCCCCAAGUGUUCCUGACAGCCCCAUCAGGCACGGUUCAGAUCCCAGUCUCAGCUGUCCAGCUUCACCAGAUGGCUGUCAUCGGGCAGCAGAGCAGCAGUGGCAGCAGCCUGACAGAGCUGCAGGUGGUCAACUUGGACACCUCACACAGCGUCAAGAGUGACUGAGAGGCCUCUGCUGCCGGCCUUCUGUUUCUGGCUUGUCAUGCCAGUGUCGGGGCUGGCAGCAACUCCUUCUCGUACAGACUGCACCAGUUAUUUAUUGUUGCCUUUUCACGUUUCCUUCAUCCACACAUGCACACACACACACGCACUCACCCACCCCCACACACACAGGCAUGCGCGUGGGGCUGCAGGACCCACCCCGGGUGGAGCCGUGCUGGGGCCGUGCAGGGCUUGGGGCAUUUGGAUGCUGCAAUAGCUGUGCUUGUCUCACGCCAGCCAAAGAAAUUUGUCUUUUGAGGGGAGGAUUGCUCUGCACUGUAAAUAAAUACUGCAGGCCAUUCCCAGCUGGAGGCUCUGGCUCCUUCUGGGUGCUCUGAGUCACCUUGCCCAUGAGUAUUUACUCUGCGUGGGGCUCAGCUUAGACCCGGAGCCGUCGUGCAGGUGCAGCUUGGAGCAGAGUGGGUUGUGGCUGUGCUGCUGGCCUCAGCAAUGUGCCUUUGUGGGGGUGACAGGUCCUGGCCGCAGCAACUCACCCAGGGCUCUGGACAGGAGAGAAGGGCCAGCUUGCAUGUGCAUCUCUGGGCCUGCAUGCCCUCUCCCCGGAGGGCAGGGCGCAGCUGGGUGGCAAAUGGCCCUGUCCUCCUCGUAUGCACUACAGUGAGCCCUCUGCCCUCAGUGCCUCCUCGCUGGGCUGCCUGGCAGAUUUUCAGCCUGACUGGCCCUGCCCCGGCGGCUGCCCUUGCACAGGUGAGGUGGUGAGAUAGAUGCCCAGGAACACAAAGAUGCCCUGGAGAGCUCCUCAGGGGCCCUGUGCUCUGCUCAGCCCCACACUCUCAGCCCUCGCACUGCUUCUGGACUCCAUACACCCAGGGGAACAUGGCUGGGUCUGUCCUUCAUCCCCCUGCAGCUCCAGCCAGCGCUUUCAAAAUUUCUGUGUCUGAUGCAAGGUGGAGAAACAACUCAAAUGUCAAAGGGAAGAGCCCGUGGGGCACUGAGCUGCUGGGCAGGUGGCAGGCUCUUCCUCUGAGCACCAGGGUGACCUGAAGGCCAUUCUGGGCUGUGGGGGAGCAGCUGUGAUGCCUGUACAGGCUCAGCAAGGCUGGGGGAGAAGGGCUGGGGCAUGCUUGGUCCUGCAUGGGAAUUGCUGUGAAUGGCUCUGCUACCUAGCCCUGUCCCUGGAGGGAGAGUGAGCAAGUGAGAGAAGCUGCUGAAUCCUUAGGGGAAGAAGCAGCUACUGUAACUUUUUUUUUUUUUUUAAGUUAAAGACAAAAGAAGCCUUGGAGAGAAAAAAAAAAAAAAAGAAAAAAAAGAAAAUUACUUUAUUUUUCUAAGUGUUAAACUCAGUAUUUAUGUAAUUCUUUAAGGAAUAAAAGUUUGGCUCCUGUACAGUUUUAAUGGGGUUUGUACCAGGGGGAUGGGAGAGGGGUGGGUGGGCGGGCAUGGAGGCAGGAAAGGGGCCUUGCUUUUGAGUUUGUAUUGUAACCUUGGACAUGUUCCCUCAGCAUUAGCGUUUAAGCUGCACUCUCCAUCCACCAGCAUGUGCCAGGGAUCAAGCUGAACCGAGUGGGAUGCUUGUUUCCUACUUACUUGUAACGAGGACUUCAUACCCAUAAUUUUGGGCUUAAUGGGCAGAAGUCGAGUGAAGACCAGCAGUGGCCGGUCUCUGGAAGUGGUAAACCCAUUCCUCAGAAGCAGGCAGUUUGCAGUGUGCCCAGGAGCCAGAGGUGGGCUGGGUUUUCUGAUGACCACCCUGUUCACUUCUGGUCCAGGGACCUACAGCUGUUCUGUCACUGUCGCUGCUCUUGGCACGGAGCAGUGGUGCCUGUGACUGCCUAAGGGAUCCGGGUGUCCCCACUCCUCCCUGUGGUGAGUGACCAGCAGUGGCUAAUCCCUUUUCUCCCUGCUUGCUGUGCAGGCAGCAUCUCCUGAACUCCUGGGUGACAGUCUGGGCUGUAUUUCCCCCUCUGCAGCCAUUCUGCAGAACACAGAUGGGGACAGGUCUCCUCCAAGCUCCCUGUGUAAAGAAUUUCCAGAAGAGCCUUUCAGCCCUUGAUCUGUUAGCAGCCUGGGAAGGGCUUGUGGGGAGUGGAGUGGCCCAUCUGGUGAGGGUGAUGUUGCAUGCUGCCUCCCCUUAGAAUUCUUGCUCUAAGAGUGAUGCAAACUCUGCAGCUCAGAGCAUGUGGGAGUGCUGAGCCACGUCCCAUGGCUCGGUGUAGGAAAACUGCUCCGUGAUGCUUCCAAAACCACAUAGGUACCUAGGAGUUCAUCCAGGGAGAAGUGUGGGAUCAGAGUUUGCAUUGUCCUUUGCCCCAGCACAUCACUGUGGCCUGGCUUUGCUCUGCUUUGCUUCUGCUGGCACUAUAGAGCAGAGCUGUUGGGCCAGAAGGGCAGGAGAGCCCCUGCUGCUACAGGGUGUGUGACUGCAUCCCCUCCCUGGCUCCCCAAAGGCAACUGCUGGUUAAACGCUAAUGGUGUAUUUUAUUUAAGUGCAGACUUGUAAGAACACUUGUGUAUCAGGGAUGAAAUGGCAUUUAUUGUGUGGUGACAUUUUUAGUUCAUUUUACUGGUUUGAGGGGUGUGUGUGUGCGCGCGCGUGUGUGUGUGUGUACGCAUAAGUGUGUGUGGGAUUAUUUUUUUUUUCCCUCCAGUUUCCAGGGUUGUGUUUCUGGAAGGAUGUGGAAGUAAUCACAGUACUAUGUACAGAGCUUUCUUUUGUAUUAAAAAAAAAAUUUACUCUUUCAAUAAAUGUUAUCAUUUUGUGCACAGA